UCUAAUAAAGGAUGUGUGGAAUAGAAUCAUCCUGGUGGAAUAUAAUGAAAAGACAUAAAAAACAGCAUUAAGUAUUAAAGUUUCAGCAUUGACUAAGAAUAUAAAAGCCAUUUUGAGAGAAUAGACAUUUCAGGAAGAACAUUUCAGUCAAAUGAUAUUUACACCUGAAGACAUGCCCACAUUCAAAAUCCAACAUCCAAGAAUCCACGCUAAUGAGAAACUCCUUGAGUGUAAGGAAUGUGGCAAGGAUUUUAGUUUUGUGUCAGUCCUUAUUCGACAUCAACGUAGUCAUACUGGUGAGAAACCUUUUGAGUGUAAAGAAUGUGGUAAGGCCUUUGGGAGUGGUGCAAACCUAGCUUACCAUCAAAGAAUCCAUACUGGUGAGAAACCUUAUGAAUGUCAUGAGUGUGGGAAAGCCUUUGGCAGUGGUUCCAAUCUUACCCACCACCAGAGAAUUCAUACUGGUGAGAAGCCAUAUGAAUGUAAGGAAUGUGGGAAGGCCUUUAGUUUUGGAUCAGGCCUAAUUCGUCACCAGAUAAUUCACAGCGGUGAAAAGCCUUACAAGUGUAAGGAAUGUGGGAAGUCCUUUAAUUUUGAAUCAGCUCUUACUCGGCAUUACAGAAUUCACACUGGUGAGAAACCUUAUAAAUGUAAGGACUGUGGGAAAACGUUUGGCAGUGGUUCAAACCUCACUCAACACCGACGGACUCAUACGGGUGAGAAACCAUAUGAAUGUAAAGCAUGUGGAAUGGCCUUCAGUAGUGGUUCUACUCUUACUCGUCAUGAGAGAAUUCACACUGGGGAGAGACCCUAUGUGUGUAAUGUAUGUGGGAAGACUUUUAGUUUUGGAUCAGCGCUUACUCGACAUCAAAGAAUUCACACGGGCGAGAAACCUUAUGUAUGUAGGGAAUGUGGGAAGGCUUUUAAUAGUGGGUCAGAUCUCACUCAGCAUCAAAGAAUUCACAGUGGUGAGAAACCUUAUGAGUGUAAGGAAUGUGAAAAGGCCUUUAGAAGUGGCUCAAAACUUAUUCAGCAUCAAAGAUGUCAUUCUGGUGAGAAACCCUACGAGUGUAAGGAAUGUGGGAAGGCCUUCAGCAGUGGUUCAGACCUGGCUCAACAUCAACGAAUUCAUAUUGAUGAGAAACUGUAUGAAUGUAAGCAAUGUGGAAAGGCAUUUGGAAGCGGCUCAAAACUUAUUCAACACCAGCUCAUCCACACUGGUGAAAAACCCUAUGAAUGUAAAGAAUGUGGAAAGCCUUUUAAUAGUGCCUCAGCUCUCAAUGGGCACCAGAGAAUACACACUGCUGAGAAACCCUAGGAAUAAGAAAUGUGGGAAGACUCGGGAAGGAUUUGAAAGUUCAAAAACAUAAGAACAAUCCUACUUUUCAGAAUUUCCGAUUUGGAAACUAUAAGUUGGGAUGAUGGAAAUGAAGAACUUCAAUAUAUGAAAUUCAGACUAAUAGGAGUCUGAAGUGUAAUUAAAGUAUAAAUAAACUUUACCACUU